UUCAACGUUUAUCAUCACAGUGAGUUCAAUUAAACCUCGUAUACUUGCGGCAUCAGCUGAUUGCUGAGGUCAAUACAUGUCAUGUAUCUGAUAAACUAUGGCGAUUUAUCUGAAAGUGGGUUUUACACUACUUGCUUUACAGUGGAUAUCUAGCUUCAUAGCAGGGAGAAAUAGCGGGAUUAAGGGAAGACACAAUGGAUGAAGACGAAAUCGAUCGAAUAAGUAACAUGAAAAUGGCAAUCACAGCAUGUCGGAACCAAAAAGUGGCUUAUCAGGAAAUAAAGCCUCAAGAUGUGGCGAGAUUAAAGUUGGAAUUGAAGUUUCAACUUCACUGUACAGGAAAAUCACGAAAACAGACUGAAGCGUUCUUGGAUGCCGCAAAACGCUAUGAACAGCCUCGCAUGGAGGCCCUUGCAGACAUUUACAGCAAGGCGAUGGACUUCACCCAUACUCUGCAACUGAGCUCAGCGGACAACAGCGCCAUUGCUGAUAUCUUCAAACACUUCCCCGACACCUAUGCGGACCUGUCGAAGGAACGAGACAAUCUGCUCAACAACGUCGCCCGGAUUUUGGUCUUAGGCGAGACUGGGGCUGGGAAAACAACAUUCAUCAACUUGUUGCUAGGUGACCACUUCCUGCCCUGCAGUUUGCUCAGUAACACACACACUAUAUGUGAGCUGCACUACUGCAGCACGGGUCACUACAGGGCGGUAUUCCACGCGGCAGACGGUACUUUCGAGCAGAUCGAAGCGUCUAGUGAGGACGGAGUGGCAAAGGAUACUUUAAAGAAAGAUCUGGAGAAAAAGAUUGAGGAUCCGAAAGGCUAUAAGAAGAUACAGAUAUUUGGUCCUUUCGAAAUUCUCAAAAGCGGUGUAGUGAUCGUGGACAGCCCCGGGGUGGGUGAGUCCGAGGAGAUGAACGCGAUGGUUCUGGACUAUGUUUGUACAGCGGCAGCGUUCAUCUACGUCAUCGACAUCACAAACGCCGGCGGGGUGCAGGAACGGAUGAAGGCCCUGAUCAGCCAUAUAUGCCGCAAAGUUCUCGAUACGAUGGAGGAAAUGCCUGGGGUAGAGACGACACUCUUCAUCUGCAACAAGUGGGACGAGGUACAACAGCGAGACAAGCACGAGGUACUGACGGACACGACCCGGAAGAUCCAGGAGCUCUGGAAGGGGUGCCAGGAGAGCCAGGUUAUACCAUUCUCUACUCGGGAGGCGCAGCUUAUUCAGGACCGGGGCUGCGUCAGUCCCAAGUUCAGCCGCGUAUUCGACAGGCUCAAGGAGCUGAUUCCCGCCUCUCAAGUCAUGAGCACGUACAAAGCAAUGCGGUUCUUACAGAAGUAUCUGGAAGGUGGCGAGAGUAUCAUUAGCACACAUCUUCGCUACUGUAGACUGAAUGCCGAGGAGCGAAAGCGAAAGACAGAAGAAGCAAAUGUGCGGUUGAACGAACUGCUGACAAAUAUGGAGACGUUUUUUGAGGAUCAGAUAACAAUGUUAGACAAAGCCGUUGAAGAUGUGUCCAAAGAACUGCGUAUUCAUUUACUUGAUACAAAGAUAAAAGAGCAUGUCUGCAGGUUUUCAAUAACGGAAUUGCCAAAAGAGAAUACAUGGGAGAAGGCGGCAGUAGAAGUUCGGAUCAAAGUUUACGAACACUUGAGGGAAACGAUUGCACAAUGGGAAGCCACUGGAAAAAUAACGGAGGCGGUCUUAGAAAAAAUUAAAGGUGACAUGAACAGAUCCUUUCCAAGGUUUCAAGCGGAAUUGGAUAAUUUAAAACGUGGUUUAGCUGGAAAGCCAGUGAAAUUGGGUGAAAAUAUUUCGCUUGAUGAGGAAGGCACAGAUAUACUUCCCCAGUUUGUUAAGAAUAUUUUCCAUAAAAAAUUCGACAGGUUAGUUCUAUAUGCCCCGCUGUUACCGUUCGUGUUUGUCACUGUUGUUGGUCGUUUGCCCUACGUGGGUAUAAGGCGCUUGCAACAUACCUUCCACGUUUAUGGAAUGGAAAAGGAGUUCGAAAAGGCGAGGGGGAACACCGAAGCACUUACAAGUGUAGCAGAAUUGUACGCGGCGAAAGUGUUUACCAACAUCACAGAAAAACUCGGUGUGCACGAAAUAGUAAAGACCGACAUGCAGAUUUUGUACGAUCUGCUAAAUACUCAGCAGCAGCGGAUGAAAGCACAGAUCGAGGUCGACAAAAACUUCGUCAAUCUUCUUCCAGAAGAGACAAAGACCGUUGAAAACGUGCUGAAGCUUUGUGAGCCGAUAUCGGCGGAGUUUCAGAUCAUAACAUACAUGGUGGAACAUUUUUGUAUGUUGUACUUUCCUUCCCGCAAUGUGCUGGAUCCAAAUGCCAUAUCAGUGGAAGUAACGUGUAUUUGCUCUGGACUGUUGGCGGACAUAAAGACAGGUACCAUGGCAGAAUCGGUUACAGGUCACAGAAGGACAGUUUGUAUAAGACGACCGACGCAAAAAGUCGAGCCCUGUGAAAUAAGGAGAUACAAAAAAAUAUUAGCAGCCUACUGUGACGGGGACCUAGUUAAUUUUGCUCAACUGAAAGGGUUUUGGAUACCUGAUCCAAAAGAAUGCCGAGUGUAUCAAGUAUUCGAGCCACUGAAAUAUAGUUUACGCGAACAUUUGAGAUCGCGAAGAGGCGAUCCAGAUUUCAUCCGCAACCUACACAACCACAGUCUGUCCCUGAUCCGUGCUGUCGUCCGCGGGCUGGAAUACCUGCACUAUCGGAAGGAGUCGUGCGUGCACUUUGACCUCUCGCUGGACUCUGUGGCUGUGGACAUGCGAGGUGAAAUCAAACUUAAUAAUAUUUGCCUUGUUCGACCUGUUCAUAUUCGUCUUCGAAGUAAUGACGGGAAACUCAACGUAAUAAAAUACGUUCAUCUCGCGCCUAAUCUUCUUGACGGCAAAUGCAUAACGCGUUGUGACGCAGACGUUGGCGAGGUCAGUCUUGUUUCCAGUGCCAGCUACGGGACUAGAGAAGACAUGUACAGCGUUGGGAUUAUUAUGUGGGAGAUGUGGAGAGGCGAAGAGUUCGCUGGAGAAUGUGGAACCAUAGAGGUAAAGAACAACCAGGAUCAGGAGACCGGUUCGAACAUACAGAACCUCACCGAGCAGCUGUCCGAUAAACUGCGGAGCAUGGCACCAAAGAGAGCUGAUUUCUUCAAUGAUAAUGUUGAACCUCUGUUGCCGGGUACUUGGUGGACGACGAUGUCGAACUGUCUGAAUAUGUGGAAGAACUUAAGUGCAAUGAGCUGGCUGAAAGACUGGCAUGGAGUUGUCGACUACCCGCUGGUCACUAUCGCAUCCAUACCCAGCAAGGAUUACCAAUGCGAACAUUUGUGAACGCACAUUAACUGGUGGUUAACUUUUAAACCUUUUAACGUCAUACAUUUUCGUAUGUGUUAAACAAUGCCUAUUUUGUUAACGCGUUAAUUCGCCGAUCUCUGAUGUAGGAAAAAAAAGAAAUGUGCGUGGCCCAUUUUCCGAUUUGUAUGUUAUACUACCAGGGGAGAGGGGGUCAUUUGUGAGUCCCUUGCAGGAAAUGGAUCCUGUUUAUCAGCAACAAUUAGCGAAAGUAUGAUUAUUAUGGGUUAUAUUUAGUACAUCCGUAUCGACCUGACUCCAUUUAUUCCAUCACAGUUAGGACUAUUUCAGUCGCUAUAUAUUACCCGAUAAUCCAUUAUAACCAUGACAACCAUUAUUUAAAGCAAAUUUUGUGAAACAUUGACGAUAAUGGUGCUUUAGAAUUUCAUAAAACAACGUUCGCCAUUGAAAGUAUUAAAUGAAUUUUGGCAUAUGUUUCUAUUUAAAGAUUUAAUGAAAUAGAAGUCCAAUCGGGACCGGGGUAUUCCAAAUGAAAAUGCGUAAAUUACCUUACGCGAUAUAUGUGCAUUUGUGUACUGUUAAUAUGACCAAUUAAGAACUUAUUGUAAAUUUCGAUUUCAUUUAACAUGUGCAAGCUAUUUUCUGAAAAUCGGGACAAAAUGAUUUUUU